ACAUCAAUAUUUCAUUUUGUGGGCAUCAUAACCCAUUUUAUGCUUCCUGUCUUGGCAAUUCAUUUUCCAAUUUUAUAAGACAUUGAUUUUUACACAAUGAUUUGUAAUUGCUUAAAUGAUUAAUGAUUCAUAAUUGCUUAGAAUUAUUUAUAUUACCUGAGUUAAAAAUUUUUAUUACGUGGCAGAGGUGCUGUAAAAUGUACAGUCUCAUUACAACUGCUUUCUGGAGAGCAAUAUAUAUAUAUCAAAACUUUUGAGAAGUUCAUACCCUAGCCCCGUAAUUAAUUCCACAUCUAGGCAUAAUCUAAAGAAAUAAUCAAUUAUAGGAAAAAUCAUGUAUAAACUUAUGUAUAAACAGGUACUCUAUCAUAGCAAAAGCUUGGAAACAACCCCUAAGUGUCAACAAGUAGAAUAGCUAAAUAAAUUAUGGUACAUUCACCCUCUGUAACAUUAUGUAGCCAUUAAAAUCAUGUUUAGGAGACGUAUUUAAUAACAUUAAAAGGACAGAGAAAGAAAACAAAUUUUAAUAAUGGCCAAUAUUUUUGGUACUAGGUUUAUAGUCUUUCUGUGAUUUGUAGAUCACUUUUGGUUAAACAUGAAUUCUUUAAAGUUAUUAUAAAAAUGAACACAUUAAAUUUAGUUUCUUUAUCAUUACUAUUUCAGUAGGGAUAUAAUGGGUACAUUUUUAUACAUAUUUAUUUCUUUUUAAGAUAUUGUCCAUCUGUCCCACCUGUCUAAAUGCUAAUAUAUGAAUUAAGACAGUGAUCACAAAGAUAAAUGAUCCAAAGGAGACUUUCAGAACAAUUGAUAAUGGAGCUAAGAUAAAUUUGAUAUUUUAAGUGAUCUUUCUCAAAGAACAGUGUGUUAUUUGGAAGCAAGCAUUCAUUGUUUUUUCAGGUUUAUAGUUGAUUUUUCAUUUACUCUUCAUGCUUUUCUCUAUUUUCCAUAUUUCCUACACUUAAAAUAUAUUAUUUUAAUAAUAUAAGUAUUAAACCCGUUGAGUUGUAAGGAAUGAAGAUUCAUGCCAGUUUUCUCAAAGAAUUGGAUAUAUUUUGUAGGAUAAUUAUGGCUAAACAACCUUGGCUGUGUAGCCAGGCAUCAUAAGAACAUAGGUUGUCUGUAGAACUGAAUUAUCAUAAGCAUUUGUAUGGAUUCUGGAAUUUGGAAGGUUGUCCAAAAUCCUGCACAGCCCUAGUGACCUAGUCAUCUCUUUUUCCCCACCAAGAGUUCUCUACCCUAUGUCCCACCAUAAUAGGGACUUGGCUACUUUCUCUUCCCUCCGCAUUUCUGUUUCAGUUUCUGCCUCUUAAUACCAACUGCUUCACUCUCAUUAAUAGCCACUAAAUCUUGCUACAAGCCUUGAGCUUAAACUCUUCAGUAAAAGAAGUCUGGUUGGUCUUGUAGUUAAAGUCAAAGGAAUGGAGGCCGUCCCCAUUCAGCAGAGCUUUCCCAGCAGGCAAUUUCGUGUGCAUCUCCCACCCUGUAUGUGGUUUGUCCUUGAUUCACAUACUCACUUCUUCAGUCACUUAUGACUAAGACGGUGUGCCAGCCUAGUAGCUUAUGAAUUUAGCAAAUGUAAAAAUAGGUGGGGAAAAAAAUCUUUAAAACAGAAUUAUCUUAAAUUCUGUUUUUUCUUCCAGUCGUACAUCUUUUAAAUAUACCUUUAGUUUUGUGGUAUUUUUUCUUCCUCUCCUGUAAAUUUAUCUUUAUGGGUUAAUCAUAAAAAUGUUUGAGUUUCGGAUUAGAGUUUUAAAGACUAACUUUCUCUUAUCUGUGUAUGUUCUCAGCCUCCUGCAGUAGCUGUUAAAACCCCAUUUGUCCAGUGUCAGGUACCGGGCAUCAACAUUGUUUAUAGUUUGGCAGUGAGAACAUAAGUCUGGUUCCAGGUCUUUGUGGCAAAUGGAACGAACCAUGCUAGACUUUCCCCAGCACGUCUCCUCUGACAAAGAAGUACGAGCAGCAAGUACAGAAGCAGACAAAAGACUUUCUCGUUUUGAUAUCGAGAUGAGCAUGAGAGAAGAUAUCUUUCUGAGAAUUGUUCAUUUAAAGGAAACGUGUGAUCUGGGAAAGAUAAAGCCUGAAGCCAGACGAUACUUGGAAAAAUCAGUGAAAAUGGGGAAAAGGAAUGGGCUCCAUCUUCCAGAACAAGUACAAAAUGAAAUUAAAGCAAUGAAGAAAAGAAUGAGUGAGCUAUGUAUUGACUUUAACAAAAACCUCAAUGAGGAUGAUACCUUCCUUGAAUUUUCCAAGGCUGAACUUGGUGCUCUUCCUGAUGAUUUCAUUGACAGUUUGGAAAAGACAGAUGAUGACAAGUAUAAAAUUACCUUAAAAUAUCCACACUAUUUUCCUGUCAUGAAGAAAUGUUGUAUCCCUGAAACCAGAAGGAAGAUGGAAAUGGCUUUUAAUACAAGAUGCAAAGAGGAAAACACCAUAAUCCUGCAUCAGCUACUCCCACUGCGGGCGAAAGUAGCCAAACUGCUCGGCUAUAGCACACAUGCUGACUUUGUCCUUGAAAUGAACACUGCGAAGAGUACAGGCCACGUAACAGCCUUUCUAGAUGAUUUAAGCCAGAAAUUAAAACCCUUGGGUGAAGCAGAACGAGAGUUUAUUUUGAAUUUGAAGAAAAAGGAAUGUGAAGAGAGAGGUCUUGAAUACGAUGGGAAAAUCAAUGCCUGGGAUCUAUAUUACUACAUGACUCAGACAGAAGAACUCAAGUACUCUGUAGACCAAGAGAUCCUCAAGGAAUACUUCCCAAUUGAAGUGGUCACUGAAGGCUUACUGAACAUCUACCAGGAGCUGUUGGGACUUUCAUUUGAGCAAGUGACAGAUGCUCAUGUUUGGCAUAAGAGUGUUACACUUUACACUGUGAAAGAUAAAGCUACGGGAGAAGUAUUAGGACAGUUCUACUUGGACCUCUAUCCAAGGGAAGGAAAAUAUAACCACGCAGCCUGCUUUGGUCUCCAGCCUGGCUGCCUCCUGCCUGAUGGGAGCCGCAUGAUAUCUGUGGCUGCCCUCGUGGUGAACUUCUCACAGCCACUAGCAGGUCGUCCCUCUCUCCUGAGACACGAUGAGGUGAGGACUUACUUCCAUGAAUUUGGUCACGUCAUGCAUCAGAUUUGUGCACAGACCGACUUUGCACGAUUUAGUGGAACAAAUGUGGAAACUGACUUCGUAGAGGUGCCAUCACAAAUGCUUGAAAAUUGGGUGUGGGACGCUGAUUCCCUCCGAAGACUGUCAAAACAUUAUAAAGAUGGAAGCCCUAUUACAGAUGAUCUGCUUGAAAAACUUGUUGCUUCUAGACUGGUCAACACAGGUCUCCUGACCUUACGCCAGAUUGUUUUGAGCAAAGUUGAUCAGUCUCUCCAUACGAACACUUCGCUGGAUGCUGCAAGUGAAUAUGCCAAAUACUGCACAGAAAUUUUAGGUGUUGCAGCUACUCCAGGCACAAAUAUGCCAGCAACUUUUGGACAUUUGGCGGGGGGAUAUGAUGGCCAAUAUUACGGAUAUCUUUGGAGUGAAGUAUUUUCCAUGGACAUGUUUUACAGCUGUUUUAAAAAAGAAGGGAUAAUGAAUCCAGAGGUUGGAAUGAAAUACAGAAACCUAAUCCUGAAACCUGGGGGAUCUAUGGACGGCAUGGACAUGCUCCAGAAUUUCUUGAAACGUGAGCCAAACCAAAAAGCGUUCCUAAUGAGUAGAGGCCUGCAUGCUCCGUAAACUGGGGAUCUUUGGGAGCAGUCCAUGUCUGGAGGACAAGCUGACAUCAUCUUGUAUUACUGGCCUGGAAACUGAAGGGAGUUUUGCAAAUGAAAAUGUAGAUUUCUAUUGACUUCCUUUUGUUUUUUGAUUUGAAAAAUUAUACAGAUGUAAAUGGAAUUAUAAAUACGGUGACCUAAGAAAAAGACCCAUUAGAAAAUAAUUGUACUAUAAAAUUUCAUAAAAAUGGAUUUGAUUUCGUUUUAUAAAAGUUUCAUAUGAAUGUAAUUUGAUUUUUUUACUGUUGUAAUCUAGAUUACUAUUAUAAUUAAGAAUUUUUAAAUUGAAUCAUAUACAUUAUAUACUUUGAUCCUUCUUAUAUCUUGAAGUUUUGUACUUGGGAUUUCUGAACUGAUAAAUGAAUCACCACGUUCCUCUGUUAAAUAUUGCCUCAGAGCCUUGCAUCCACUUUGACUCUGUCUCCCAGUAAAGUGUGACUCACCUCUUUGCCUGCGUAUCUCAGGGCCAGGGGAAUAUGCCUCAGUAAUGCAUUUAUCUGUAUUUCAGGCCUCAUGAUUUCUAACUUUCUGCCACUCUUGAAUAAUGUUACUCCAAUUGGUUUAGUCUUUUCUGUCUAACGUCCAGUCAGAGAACACCAGAAAAUUAUGAGUUUUAGCUGAAAUUACUUAAUGCAUAUUGCAGGUUUUAAUAUCUUGUAUUAGAGAAUUUUGGAUCUUGGAUUAGAGGUUCAUUUCCACUUCAGCAUACAAGAGUGUCAGCCUUUCUGCAUAUUUGCCAAUUAGAACACUAAAGCAAGUCCAAGGACAUUUUUCUCUUCUGAUGUUUCUAAUAAGUGGUAGGGACUUUGCCUCCUUUACUCUACCCCUCACCCGAAGUGGCAGGUAGACAUGUCACAAGGUCUAUCCCGAGUGCCACAGGAAGAAAGCUGAGGCUGAUAUGGAGCAUAAAGGGUCCAGAAACUCCAGGAGAGGAGUGGGUUCUGCACAGAAGUGUUUGAGGACGGCUGCCCCAAGUGUUAUGUGUGCUUCAGCUCAGCCAUGGCAAGGAGGCUCUUCCAUGGCUUAUUUUGUCUGGUGAUUGUAAGUGAACCUUUGGAUCACUUUAAUUCUCUUUACUGUGGGCCUAAAUUCCAUUUCUUCAGCAGACCAGGAAACUUACGUACUUAUUUUUCCUCUAGGAGUCUACUCAAUGAAGAAACCAAAACAGGAUAAUUUUUUUUUAAUUAAAAAAAACUAAUUUUGAAUGUAUGCAUUCUUCACAGGACUUCUAAUUGUUGUACAGUGUGUACCUGAGGUAUGACUUUGCUGGCCAGGAACAAAAUUAGAACCUUUCCAUUCUCUAGUCCAAAUGGACUUUGUGCUAAAUAAAAGAAAAAAUAUUAUGCUGCAUAGUCAAACUGUAGACAGCAGGAAAAAUCAAGAGCUAUAGAGACACAGAAGAAAAUUCAGAUUAUUAUUGUCAAGCAAAUACCCUUAACAUCAAGGAAAUCCCACCCUCCCUUCUGAGACAAUUGCCUGGCCCUCUCUCCCCGACAUUUGUUCAGCAUCACCACCUCAGGUCCGUGAAGCUGGGUUUUUUUUUUGGUGGGGGGGGCGGGUUGGUCUGAGCAAUGUAUGAUACUUUUCUCACAUUUGUUUUUUUCCGGACUGUUCUGUCUUCCAGUUUCAGGCAAAAACUCUCUUCAGCUUUUUCUAUCGCCCAAUGCAUCUCCUUAACAAUAACUUUAUCAUUUUAAAUCUUAACUUAUUUCACAUGGAAAAACUAAUACUUGGUGUGAAAAAGGCUGCACACAAUAAAAUUACAUUAUUAUCCAUGAGAAUGAACUC